AUGGAAGAUCAUGAUGACUAUGGUCUGCGUGAGAUGGUGAAUGAUUUUGGAAAUGCUGUGAAUGCCAACUUGGGAUCAUUUGAUGGUUCAUCACCUGGCUUGCAGGAUGACAUGACCACAUCUACAGGUCCUACUGAAGAAUCUAGCAAAUUUUAUAGACUUCUUGAAGAGGCAGACAAUGAGCUGUACCCAGAAUGCAGUACCUUCUCUACACUAUCGUUCAUUGUGCAAAUGAUGAACAUCAAGUGCCUAUAUGAUUUGAGUGGAAAUGCAAUGGAUGCUCUAUUUACUCUGUUUUGGAAGGUUAUAUUUGGGAAAUCUGACAAGAAAAGGAAACGCUCCAGCAUAGUAUACCUUCCACUACCUAUUCGCGACAUGCUUCCAGCUGAUAUUUGUCUUCCAAUAAUUGAGCUAUGCAACUUUUUUCGAGAAAUUUGCUCAAAAGUGUUAGAUGUGGAGAUCCUUAAAAGGCUUGAUUCUUCAAUUGCUAUUACUCUUUGCAAAUUAGAAAAGAUAUUUCCUCCAUCCAUGUUUGAUGUAAUGAUGCAUCUACCAAUCCAUUUAGCUCAACAAGCAAUGACAAGAAUCAACAGGCCAAGCCAUAAUGAUGACAGUGAUGAUAACAAUAGCAACACACAGCUCCAGAUUUUUGCCAAAAUUGGAAGACGGCUUAUUGGGAAUAGAUAUUGUGAGAUGGAGAUGAAUGAAUUGAACAAAGCACAAGCCUAUGUUCUAAAGAACUGUGAAGAGGCUUCUCCAUAUACAGGCAUUCACAAGGAAUAUUUAAGGACACAGAGCACCAAAAAUGUAGACAAGAGUCAUGAGAAAGAGUUCUUUCAGUGGUUCAAGAACCAUAUAUCAACUAUGUAUUCCAAAGGAGAUCCUUCUAUUUCUGAUGAAUUGUUUGAUCUAGCAAGAGGACCCGAUACUAGAGUGACACAUUUCUCAAGUUAUAUGGACAAUGGAUGGAGAUUUAACACAAGGGACAGAGAUGCCCUAUUUCAAGCACAAAACAGUGGAGUAUUUGUCAAGGGCGAUGAAGGAACUGGAAACAAAGAUUACUUUGGUGUCUUGACAGAUAUUGUGGAGCUUUUAUAUGGGACUCAUAAGGUUGUUCUUUUUAAAUGUGAAUGGUGGGAUGUACAUACAACAAGGGGAGUUAAAGAAGAUAAGUAUGGGUUCAUAAUGAUAAAUACUACUCGCAGGCUAUCAACAGAUGAGCCAUAUGUUUUGGCUUCGCAAGCAGAGCAAGUAUAUUAUGUGAAUGAUACUCAAGAUCCAAAAUGGUAUGUCGUGUGUCCUGAAGCUUGCCAAGAAAAUGAAGUAAUAAUUGUGCCGAAUCCAAAUACAAUAGAAGAUGAUGACACAAGUAUAUUGGACACACCUCAAGUUGAAGCCGAAGCUGAAGGUAUGCCUGUGGCUGUGGAAGGUAAUCCGAUACUCCAUUACGAGGGUGACGUUGAGGAUGAAGAUGAGCAACAAGAAUCUGAAAGUGAUGACAGCGAAGGUGGUGAGUACAUGGAUUCAGAUGACGAAGACAGUGAAUCAGAAGAAGAAAUAGAUAACGACUAG